GACGAUGUUACCUAAACCAUGUUAAACGACCCUUCAGAACGUCCAGGCUGCCCUGGAAUACGCCGAGAUUACUCCUUUAAACCCACUAUGCCAGACCCGGAUGACGUAUGUAAGCAGUGUAGUCAAAAUAAAAGAAAUACUUCUCUAGGAUUGAGAUCAUGAAACAUCUGAAUAUCUUCCAACGUUGAGACCAAGCUCUGUUAUGUCACAAAGCUAACAAGUUCUAGCUUCAUUUAUUAGUGCAGAAUUAUACAAUGCUUUAUGAAUCUAGCUCAGCUCUACUUUAGGAAUAGCGUGGUUGAUGUAUACUGCAAGUACCUUAGUCAGACCCAUCACAGCGGAAGCUCGACUUUAAGAUGUAUGAUGUCAACUCUACAGAAGCUUGGAAGAGCUUCGCAACUCAAUUCCAUUGUCAAAGACAUUAACGUAUACCAUUCUGAGUCUUCAAAUCGCCAAGCUCUCAUCAAAUAAACCGUUCUCAGAUGAGAUUAUACUACUAUACUUAUUCUUAAACUUUAUAGACUAAAAGAAGCAGCUCAACUCCCUCAAGUUCUUAUUCUCUCAUAGUUAAACGCGGGCAACAUUGAAUAUCCACCAUGGCCACCUCUAAGUGUAGCACCCUCAACGUCUCUACAAGGGAUGUUGCUGGCUACCUCCCGAUCGAGAAUUACGGCAUGAUCGGAAAUAUGAGGACAUGUGCAUUGGUAAGCAUGGAUGGGAGUAUAGAUUUCAUGUGCUGGCCAGACUUCGAUUCACCCUCUGUGUUCUGCCGUCUCCUUGACAAGGAUAAGGGGGGCUAUUUCAGUAUAGCUCCACCUCAACCUGCAUCCGUUACAACCAAGCAGCAAUAUCUUCCUUCUGCUGCUAUUCUUCAAACUCGAUAUAUCAAUGAAGAUGGUGUUGUGAACGUUGUCGACUUCUUUCCGCGCCCGAGGGAAGCUACUGCUCUGUCAACCAGGUACGAGCAUAGUGCCUACCGUGAAAUUGCGGGUGCAUUCGAGUUAAAGAAAUGGCUCGUUCGCCGGGUGGAAUGCAUUCGCGGCCAGAUGUCGCUUAAUGUGGACGUAUUUCCAGCAUUCGACUACGCUAGAGGAUCUCAUACUACCACUAUCCUACAAAAUGUUCGUGGGACCGAUAGUACCCAAAGCAAGACUGUUACCUUCCACAGUAAAGACUUAAAACUUCAAUUAGAUGUAACGAUUGAUUGCGGAGGCGAUGACACGGCCGCUUGCCCGAACCUCAAUUUCAAGAAGGUACAGAAAGACGGCAUGAUAGGCGGGGGGGUCGUCGCCAAUUUCACUCUGCAAGAAGGACAGGCAAUUUCGUUCGUGAUCCGCGAAGAUAUACCAAGACAUGUGACGGAGAAUAUCACUACUUCAGUUCUUGACUCUCGACAACAUGAUACGCAAGCUUUUUGGUUUAACUGGCUCUCAAAAAGUAGUUACAAGGGCGGCUGGCGUGAGGUUGUUAUGAGGAGUUUCAUGAUAUUGAAGAUGUUGACUUACGAGCCGACCGGGGCCAUCGUUGCGGCCCCCACGUUUUCAAUCCCUGAAGCGAUUGGCGGAGUACGUAACUGGGAUUAUCGGUUUUCCUGGGUUCGCGACUCAAGUUUCACGAUCUACAUAUUACUGCGAAUGGGCUUCACCAAGGAGGCAGAUGCUUAUAUGGAGUUCAUCAGUGGUCUAGUCCGUAAAUCCACUACCGAAGGGGGUGAUCUACCGAUUAUGUUUACGAUCAGAGGAGAGACCGAUAUUCCCGAAGAGGAACUUGAUCAUCUCGAGGGUUACAAAGGCAGUAGGCCCGUCAGGAUCGGUAAUGGAGCAGCUUUCCAUAAGCAAUUCGAUAUUUACGGCGAGCUUAUGGACGCUAUCUAUCUCUACAAUAAAUAUGGAAAACCCAUCUCGUGGGACACGUGGGUAUCUGUUCGCAAGAUGCUCGAUCAUGUCUUGACUAUACUUGACCAGCCUGAUAUGUCCAUAUGGGAAGUUCGGAACCACAAGCAGCAUUUUGUCUAUUCAAAAGUGAUGCUUUGGGUGGCAUUCGACCGAGGGCUUCGGCUCGCCGAGAAGAGAUGUCUUCCAUGCCCCAACCGAGCGAAAUGGUUAGACGCUAGAGAUGCAAUUUAUGAAGAGGUGAUGGAGAAAGGGUACAAUUCGGAAUUGGACACCUUCGUUCAAAGCUAUGAGAACAACACAGCACUCGACUCGUCGAUUUUGAUAGCGCCUCUUGUUUUCUUCAUCACGCCCAACGACCCGCGAUUCCUUAACACUGUUGAUCGAAUUCUUCUCCCUCCAGAAAAGGGUGGGUUAACGAGCGCAGGCCUCGUCUACCGGUAUAACACAGAACUUUCCAACGAUGGUGUUGGAGGACAUGAAGGUGCAUUCAGCAUGUGCACAUUUUGGCUCGUCGAAGCACUGACACGGGCGUCGGUAUACGAGCCUGGUUAUCUGGGGAGGGCCGUAAACCUAUUUGAAAACAUGCUCAGUUUCUCAAAUCACCUGUCGAUGUUUUCGGAGGAGAUUUCCCGCAGUGGCGAGCAGUUGGGUAAUACACCUCAAGCAUUUUCUCACCUAGCGCUUAUAAGCUCCGCUUUCAACCUCGAUCGCGCCAAGGACUAUGCCAGAAGGUAAGAACUAAGAAUUACAUCGCUUCGGGUUAACUAUAGGUAGAUUGAGACACCUAUGAAAUUGAACCAUUUUAUCUCUAUUCGCAUUCGAAAUAUUGGGUGGUGGUAAUUGUUUAAGUGGGUACUCUAGGAUACACCCCUCCCCCUUUUCCCGUCACGACAGUAUGGGACAAAAUGAAGUUGUCAGUAUAUAAGUCUGUACAACACAAUAAUCUAUCACGUACGACCAUAGAAUCUGGAAAACUCGGGGUCCCGUCCGCUCCCCCUUAGAUAAACCCGAUAUCGCCGAACUAGUAGUUGGGUCGGUGACGACCAG